UGGGAUUUCCUUAAACUCCUAGGAGCUGAGGUGACCUACAUGAACAUGACUGCCUACAACAAGGGCCGACUGCAGUCCUCCUUCUGGAUCGUGGACAAACAGCAUGUUUACAUCGGCAGUGCCGGUUUGGACUGGCGGUCUCUGGGACAGAUGAAAGAACUCGGUGUCAUCUUCUACAACUGCAGCUGCCUGGUCCUAGAUUUACAAAGGAUAUUCGCUUUAUAUAGUUCAUUAAAAUUCAAGAACAGAGUACCUCAGACUUGGUCCAAGAGACUUUAUGGAGUCUAUGACAAUGAAAAGAAAUUGCAGCUUCAGUUGAACGAAACCAAAUCUCAAGCAUUUGUGUCGAAUUCUCCCAAACUCUUUUGCCCUAAAAACAGAAGCUUUGACAUAGACGCCAUCUACAGUGUGAUAGAUGAUGCCAAGCAGUACGUGUACAUCGCUGUCAUGGACUACCUGCCUAUCUCCAGCACAAGCACCAAAAGGACUUACUGGCCAGACUUGGAUGGGAAAAUCAGAGAAGCAUUAGUUUUGCGGAGCGUCAAAGUUCGACUCCUUAUAAGCUUUUGGAAGGAAACUGACCCCCUCACAUUUAACUUUAUUUCAUCUCUUAAAGCUAUUUGCACUGAAAUAGCCAACUGCAGUUUGAAAGUUAAAUUCUUUGAUCUGGAAAGAGAGAAUGCUUGCAUUACAAAAGAACAAAGGAAUCACACCUUUCCUAGAUUAAACCGCAACAAGUAUAUGGUGACGGAUGGCGCAGCUUAUAUUGGAAAUUUUGACUGGGUGGGGAAUGACUUCACCCAGAAUGCUGGCACAGGCCUUGUUAUCAACCAGGCAGACGUGAGGAACAACACAAGCAUCAUUAAGCAACUCAAGGAUGUGUUUGAGAGGGACUGGUACUCGCCCUAUGCCAGAACCUUGCAUCUCUGA